AUGGCAGAGACUCACUUGUACACUAUGAUAAAGGUGGUACGAGAUGAAGACCUUGCAGAACAAAUUGGAAAUGACAUAUAUUUUGAUCUCGUAGACCUUGACAAAGUGAGGAGUUUCCGUGUUAAAAAGCAGACGUCAUUUAACGUUUUCAAGAACAUGGUUGCUAGAGAGUUUGGCAUACUAGCUCAAUUCCAGCGCUUUUGGAUUUGGAAAAAGCGUGUAAACGGUACAUAUCGACCAUAUCGGCCUUUGACAUACAUCGAGGAAGCAAAAUCUGUUGGCCAAUUGAAAGAGCUUUACGAGGAUGACAAAUUAAAAUUGUUUCUGGAAGUGGAGCAUGAGCUGGAUUUAUGCCCCAUUGCACCACUCUAUAACGGAGAGGAUGAUAUAUUACUUUUCUUCAAGUUACACAAUCCUGAAAGGAAGAAGCUAAGUUAUGUUGGAAGGCUUAUUGUGAACUGUAAGGAUAAGCCAUCAGAUAUCUUGGCAAGGUUAAAUAAAUUGGCUGGUUAUGAUCCUAAUGAAGAGAUUGAACUUUAUGAGGAAAUAAAGUUUAAACCAAAUGUCAUGUGUUUGCCUAUUAAGAAGGAAUCAACAUUUCAAGAAAGUGAGUUAGAAAAUGGUGAUAUUAUAUGCUUUCAGAAAGCUUAUGCUAUUGAUACUAGGAAAUAUUUCCACCUUUCUGACGUGCCUUCAUUCUUGAAAAUGAAAGCUAUUGAUUGCCAGGUUUCUCCUUUUCGAUCCUCAGACAUAGAAUCCAAAGAUGAAGAAUCAUUGGAAGAGAAAAACAAAAUUAUUAUAGCUGAAGAAAGGAAUGUUGUCAAAAAUACUGAAGCUCAACAGUCAAAAGUGGAUAUAGAGACCACUUAUGAUGAAGGUACCAACAAAGCCAACACUUUAAAAUUUGUCAGCAAAGACUUGAAAGAAAUUGAUGCUAUGAUAGAUGAGGAUGUCAUUGGUGCGAUCGACAGAGUGUUAUCAGAAGGGAUUACUCUUUCCUUAAAAUCUCACCAUUCUGUUCAAAAACAAGAAGUCUCGAAGCUGGAUCCCAACUUCCAAGAGCAACUUCUUAUGGAAUUGAGGGAUAUCGCUUUUAAAGAAGACUUGGUUGAAAAAUUUAAACAAGGUCUCACUCCUAAAGUUAGUUUCAACACAGUCAUGGAAAAAAUUGAAGCUAAUGUUGACAUGUUCUCUUCUCACCAACUAGAACAAGUCGGUGUUGUUGUUAACCUUGUCAAGAACAUUGCGAGGAUGUUUGAGCAACUUAAAAAUUUGAAAAAAUUGCAAGACUUGACUAAGAACAGCACUGACCAAAAUAAUGAAGCAUUGAAGGAGGCAAGACAAAAUUUUUUGAUCUCAAAGGCGUGCCUCACAGACCACCAAACACAACUCAAGUCUCUUGACAUUCGGAUUGCUGAUAUCAAAGCCAAGCUUGAAAAACUACAAGGCGACCGGGCUAAAAUGGCUGAGAUUCAAGAUCAAGAGAAAGAUAAGAUCACAUCUUUUAACAAUGAAGUUAAAUCAAUUUUCCAUCGCCUCGCUGAUGAUCAAAUCAAGUUGAAGAGCGUUGAAGAUAAAAUCCUGGAGGCACAAACUGAAUUGGAAAGGCAUGAGAAGGUCUACCAAAUAAUGAGGGUAAUGCCUCCAUUUUGA